CUGCUCAUUCAGUGGGUAAGCCAUGGCUGACAGUGAGGAGGCAGCAGCGAUGGCUCACAGCUUCGCACAGGAGUACUUUCAGAUCCCCGUGGUGACCCGAGCCUACACGACUGCCUGCGUCCUCACCACCGCUGCUGUGCAACUUGAGGUCAUCACCCCGUUUCAACUCUACUUCAACCCAGACCUGAUCAUCAGAAGAUACCAGAUAUGGCGCCUAAUCACCAGCUUCCUCUUCUUUGGUUCUCUUGGAUUCAGUUUCGUGUUCAACAUCAUCUUUCUUUAUCGAUACUGUCGGAUGCUGGAGGAAGGCUGCUUCCGAGGGAGAACGGCGGAUUUUGUUUUCAUGUUCCUGUUCGGAGGAAUCGUGAUGACUCUGUUCGGUCUGUUCGCCAACGUCUUCUUCCUGGGCCAGGCCUUCAUCAUCAUGCUGGUGUACGUCUGGAGUAGAAGACAUCCGCUCAUCCGCAUGAACUUCUUCGGCCUCCUGAACUUCCAGGCCCCGUUCCUCCCCUGGGUGCUCAUGGGAUUUUCCCUGCUGCUCGGAAACUCCAUCGUGGUUGACCUCCUAGGUAUCAGCGUCGGUCACAUGUACUACUUCCUAGAAGACGUGUUUCCAAACCAGCCAGGAGGAAGGAAGCUGCUGAUGACACCAGAACUUCUGAGGGCCAUGUUUGACCAGCCGGAGGACCCAGACUACCGCCCCCUCCACGAAGAGCAGCAGGGUGGAGAUCUGCAGCAGGACGACUAACGGCACCGAGGUACCAGCUGGCAGGAGCACAGACAGAGGAUGUGGACUUGUGGAGUCCUUGCAAGAGGACAGUGUGUCAGGAUAUCGAAUAGCAUGUUUAAAUUCAGCAUGUUAACUUUGGUGUCACAGUGUUCACUUACAAUAACAAAGACACAACAAAAUGCCUGAAAAAGCACAUCUCAAUUAUCUGCCAAGACGACUACAGUCUAGUGUCAUCAGGACAGAAAGCCCAAUUUAAACAGGCAAGGAGAAAUGGCUACCAAAAUGCAAGGGAUUAUGGGUAGAGGGAACACAGACGCGUGGAAAGUGGAUGAAGGAAAUGCACUCAACACAUUUGUAAGACCUCCAGGAGAAACACAAUGAGGAACACUCACUGUUAACACAAACUGUUUGCUUACAAGAAAUUCAUCUUGUGGUGAACUAUCCCUUUAAGGUCCACUAUUUUUUUUUUAAACGUUUAUCCUUAGCUCGUGGUCUUUAUCGGGGAUCAUCACGUCAUGACAGGUGAUGGUAUGAUGGUAUACAGGGGGAAUUAAUAACUGCAGUUUCCUUAGACUGUGAGAUGAUGAAGAAGGAUAGAUGAUGAAGCGUAGUUAGUAAAAUGACCUUUAAAUCAAGAUUAUUUUGUCAUUUUUAAGGUCAGAACUGGAGCCAAGGAGACAGAGACAGUGUUUCACAAAGCUAUUCACUUGAACAAAUAAAAAACAUCCUAAGAAAAUCCUCUCCAACUGUGUUAAAGAAGUAAAAACAGUUGCAGAUUCCUCAGGAAGAACUGAAGGGAGCUGGACUGACCCACAACAAUCUCCCCCACUGUUGUGACACCGCCACUGGUCCACAGAACUGCCGACAGCCUGAAAUCAGCCCCCGUCUGCACACUCUGCACUUUCACCCGCUGCCUUUGUGGGUCAAACACUGGGGACAAAAUGGAAAUUGCUUAGCACAACAGCCGGCAAACAAGUCCCUGUGGGAGCUGGACGACAAAACACACCCGAAUCAUCCCACAUAACGCAGCGCUGCUCGCAAAUAUUAAUUACGGCUGUGGUGAGACUGAUGAGGGUCACCGUCAAGAAACCACGUCUCUUUCCAGAGAUAGUUUACUAGUUUUCAUUUUUCCGGUUGGAAAAUUAGCAAUUACGAUAAGAUUAUUAUGGGGAAAGAAAACUCUGAGGUACAAAUUUAAAUUCUUAAAAAAAGAAAGGAAUUCGCAGAAAUCAAUAAAGUGAGGUCUUGAUGGAUUAAAACUGCAAACAUCUUCUACCUAUUUAACUACAGCAUUGUAUUUGGGAUUUAUUUUCACCAAAAUGAUGUCAGGAAAACUUGUUUAAUCUGAUGGAAUAAAAAAAAGGUAUACUUUUAUCUCACUUUAUCGAGAUAGAACGUUCCAUAUUUGGCAUCUCUGCUCUCCAGUUGCCUGUAAUUUACCCUCAACAGCUACAGAGGUAACUGUCUGAAUUGUAUGGGAGUCCAUUUCUGAAGGCUAUAGAAAACAGAAGAUGAAAACAUUAACAAAAAUCCCAUGGUGAGUCAAACUUCUAAUAUAGUAAAGUGAAAGUUAUGAGAAAAAAAGUCAGAAUUAUGAUAAUUUGGUUUGUGAUUUUUAAUGUCAUAAUUAUGAUUUACCAUGGGAAUAUUUUUUUUACUUUGAUGGUGGAAAUGGGAAUGGAAAUUAUUAUGCUAACAUGAUGAUGUUCAGCAGUUAGAACGCUUACCACGACCACCACCAUCAUGCUAACAUCUGCUAAUUUGCUUAGAAAUUAAGUGGAGCAGAGACUAUGGGGAUGUCGUUAGAUUUGCACUGAUCCAUUUAGCUCUGACCUGCUGGUGGCUCUAAAGGGAAAGUGAUACCGCUGGCAUGGCUACAAAAAAUGUCUUUCAUAAACAAUUCCAAUCCUUAACUUUUCAAACAUUUAAACAUGAUACUGACUGGUAUAACAUCUUCAACUAUACCAACUUUGACCAAGCAUAAAUGUUCACCAGGUGACCGCCAAGAUUACUUCUUUUGUUGUUUUGCUGACUGAGGGAAGUUAUUAUUAUAGUUAUGUAGCUACAGCUGAAGAAAUCUGCCACUUUAAACUAUCUGCUGCUUCGGCAUGUUAAGACACUGUUAAUUAUAAAGGUGGUAAUUAAAAGAUUUCAACUCCUUCAGAUCACAAUUUUGAA